UGAUUCGGAUGCGGCCACCGGCUUGGUAAAUAUAUGCUUGCGACGAUCACGCGCUUGGUGUGAUCGUCGAACGAAACUUUUGUUCUCAAUGCUGAAUAGAAUCAAAGUCCGCUUUUCUAACAACAUUGUAAAAAUGGAGAUCAUGCAGACGGAUCCUCAGUUACAAGGCAGGCCACGAAGUUACGAUGACUCCCUUGACAGAAUCAAUUCCAGCGGCAGAACUUCGGAGGACGACUGCACAGCAAACCCCGCUCGUCCCGUCAGUUUCACCGGAAGUAUUCAGUGCAGUAUGACAGAGAGUGAACGUAUUGACGUUUGUGACUCAACAGCCCUCCUGCAAGCAGUUGUGUUUGUCGAAGAUGCUGUUAAGUAUCGUAGCAUAAACCACAAGACAGACAGCGCAUCCCUAUGGUACUACCGAGUCUACUAUUCCUGGCUUGUGCAAUGGACCCUCUAUCUUGCCAUCACCACCAUCCUGACUGUAGCCUUCUUUGAAUACCCCUCCUCGCUGACGACAGGCAAUACUGCCGAUCCACGAUAUCGCGGAGAGCGCAGGAACCCACCAUGCGGUGUCACAGAGGCGAUCGAAUUCACCUGCCUCCUCAUCUUCACCGCUGACCUGGUGAUGAAGGUGUAUCUCAUCGGUACAAAACAGUUCAUAAAGUCUCCGUGGCUAAUAGCUUAUGUACUGGUCAUCGUCGCAUCUCUGGCAGACUGGAUUGUUACAAUAAAUGGCUCCUGUGGCAAGAUCAUUCGGUUUCGUCGCAUGCUCCGUCCGUUCUUCCUCCUGCAAAACUCGACCCUCAUGAAGAAAACUGUACGAAGCAUCUGUCGCACACUCCCCAAGGUUGCAAGUGUACUCUUGCUUCUACUCAUCCACUUGUAUUUCUUCACCAUGGUGGGCAUGCUGAUCUUCCCUCAGCCACAGCAUCGUUUACAGCCUGAUAUUCCAGGGUCCACAGUUGUCCCAACGACAGUCAAGGGCAAACCUACGAAUCCACCUUUAUCAACAGCUCAGGGGGAGGUCACAAAUCACCCUGGUCCCGAUCCAUACCUGGAGUCGCAGAAGUUCUUCAAAGACAUCCUGACGGGCUUUAUGAGCAUGCUUGUCCUGUUGACCACAGCCAACCACCCAGAUGUGGCAAUGCCUGCUUACAUGCUCAAUCGGUUCUACUGUCUCUACUUCAUUGUCUUCCUGGUUAUUGGACUGUAUUUUUUCUUCAACAUGCUAACAGCCGUGAUUUACAAUGAAUUCAGAGGAUACCUUCUGCGCUCCAUACAGAGCAGUUUCCUUCGACGCCGUCUGGGCUUCCAGGCCGCCUUUGAGAUGCUGAGGAGGCAGGGGCGUCUGACCCUCAACACGGCUGGUGUUAGCAUGGCCACAACGCUGAGUGUCAGCGUGGUCAAGGCGGUCAUCCUGCAGACUGAUAUCAAGAAGAGUGCCAAGCAUGCCAUUGUUGCUGAGUUGGAUGAGAAUAUGGGAGGGUCUCUGACAUCCACGGACUUCCAACAGCUGUUUGACGUCCUCGAUAGAGACACUGGCCAACGCAGGAAACCACCUAUUGUAACCAAGAACGACCGCAUCUUACGAAAGAUCCAGUAUUGCGUCACGCAUCAGUUUUUCAACUACUUUGGGGCCUUGGUGGCCAUGUGCAAUGUGAUCGUGAUCUCGUUGGAAGUUCAGUUUCAGUAUGACUCCAGCUUUUAUGCAAGAGAUAAUGUCCUGGCUCGUGUCAACUUCAGCUUCAUCUUGUUCUACUUGUUUGAGCAGAUUUUGAAGGUCUGGGCCUACGGAUGCAGGCGAUACGUAGCAUCUAAGCUCAACAUUUUUGACGGCCUACUCACCAUUAUCCUCGUUUUUGUGGAAAUCCUGUAUGCAGUCGUCAACGGGAAUUUGUUCAACCCUCAGGGGAACAAGAAUGCCCUUUCAGAGGCCAUUCCUCUGUACGACCUCGUUCGUGUCAUCAACAUCCUCAUCAUCUUCCGCUUGUUCAGGCUCAUCACACAUUUCAAGACAAUGUCAGUCAUUGCUGCGACGUUAUUUGGCCUGAUACGAAACCUGUGGUCGUUCAUUGGAAUUUUAGUGGUCAUCUACUAUAUCUUUGCCAUGCUUGGCAUGGAGCUUUUUAGUGGAGUGAUAAAAGUACCACAGCCAAAUGACAGUUUCAACAGCACCGAGGUUGAAUGUGGGAGCUACAGUCAGCUUGAAUACUGGGCCAACAACUUCGAUGAUUUUGCAGCUGCAUUGGUGGUUCUCUUUGAUAUCAUGGUUGUCAAUAACUGGCACGUGUUUCUGAAGGAGUAUGCUAACGUAACAAGCAGGUGGUCCCAUUUAUUUUUCAUAGCCUGGUACUUCGUGUCUGUUCUGGUCUGCCUAAAUGUGUUUACUGCCCUCAUCCUCGAGAAUUUCAUCACCAAAUGGGAUCGGGAGCAGCAACAGCAAGCUUCAGGGGAUCCCAACCGUCAGCCAAGCUACCAGAUGUCGGUUCACAACAUGUUCAGAGAUGCACUCAUUGAGCCUACCGAGGAAGAACUGAUGCUUGCAUUGCGGAACCACCCACACAUGAAACAUCUGCACCUAUGACCCCAGGGUCUUGACCUCUGAGCUGGGAUGCCCAGCCAAAGCUUGCAUAAAUAAAGGGACAAACUGUGGCAGCUGCAUUUUGUGCAUUCCAUGCCGAAAUUGGCAACUACUGCAGUGCAUCAUGGGAGUGUCUGCAAUGCAUUGUGGGUAUGGAUCUGCUGAGAUUGCAAGGUCAGAGGUUGGCAGCCAUGCUACGAUCAACAGUUCCAGGUGGGCUCUUUCCAAUUUUUCAUGUCAUCCUGCCAUUAAGAAGAGGAUUCUACAGAGUUUUUGGCAGUAUUCCAGUUGUAACCAAAAUAUAUUUAAGAAACUAUUGAACGGAAGACAGAAGACCCUCAACAGUCAAGAAAUAUCUGUAGAAUCCUUUCUUGAUGGCUGUUUUCAGUGUGGGAAAAAUCAUGUCUGACGCAUGUAGAGGACAGCAGUGCAUUGUGGGAAGAUGAUGGCCUCCUCUCCAGUCACCAUUUUGUUGGCCAUAGAACAGAGUAUUGUACUGUUCCUUUUGCUCUUGGAUACUCAAACCAUGGCUGCUGAUACAGCUGAACUGCAAUAGCUACUCUAACAGACUUUGGAAUCAUCUUGUGCCAUAAGUAACAAUCUCUGAACAGUUUAUUGAUGUGGAAUUUUUGCGAUGAUUUACAAAGGACAUGGACUGAUGUGCUCAUGUUUAUCAUACUGGUAUAUCAUCGGAAACGUUGGUAACACUCUGCUUCUGAUGCCGUUUUUGUGAGAAUGUGGACCGUGUGCAAUGGAGACAAACAAAAAGAUAUGAUAGAUAAUGGAAGCCAUUGGUGCUGUGUGUGCUUGGCCCCUACUUAGAGACACGGCAGGCGUAUCAAGAUUGUACUUAUCAAGAGGAAAAUUGUAGAAGUCCUGUCUUGCACCAUGUGCACAUGCACCAUGACCUACCCUUGUUGCUCUCAUUAAUGGCUAUGUACAUGUUUAUGCAUUGAUUAGGGCUGAGUCAAUUCGAAUAAUUCACUAUUUGAAUAUUCAACCUUCAAUUCAAUCGAAUAUCUGAAUAUCCAGCAGAUUGUUAAUGAACAAGCCAUACAAAAUAUCAGUUGCAAUAGCACACACGAUCAUACAUUAUAAUCAUUAUGAUAGCUUUUUAUGUCUAGGAGUAUAUCUCCAGCCACAAUUUACAUGUAGCAGGAUUUAAGAGACGAACAAUACUUCUUGUCCUGUUGAACAUUUCCAGUCCUUUUAAAUUUUUUAAUGAAUAAUUUGCUCUCUGAAUCUUGGUAAGAUUUCUGUGGCUUUCAAUUUGAAUCUGCAUGAAACAAGCCUCCAUAGUGCAAUUAGUCUCAUGUAAAACAAAAGGAAAUUCUCCCUUCCUUGUCUUGAAUUUUACAUUUUAAUAUUCAAAUUCAGAUAAUUUAUAAUCGAUCGAAUAAUCGGAUAUUUGUCACAGCCCUAGCACUUAUAUCCACUGUUCCUGCAUUAAACUCAUAUAUGCAGUAAACCUGGUGCCAUUACAGGCUCUGCCUAUGGCUCCAUGCUCUUCCCAAAUGUUGGGGGCUGUGGCUAGCAAUGACGUGUGUGCCUAUGGAAGCCACUGGCUGAGGCUUACUUCCCUCAAUAACAUGUGUGACUACCAGCCACAGCCGUAAAUUUUUGGACACAGCCCGAUAAUGAAAAAAAUGUCUCUGAGUCCACGUCUGCUGUACAUUGCAUGUAUGCCAAAUGCAAAUCCGUAUUCAGUGACAAAGAUUACAACUGUCAGUCUGCGAAAAUUGGAGUAAUAUUGCAUGGAGAAAUGUAUGAUCCUGUCCAAUCUUGCAGUGGUAAUUUAUUCCAAAUGUGUUGUACAUUAUAUACUUCUUCAGUUCACCUUGGUACUUAAGACCAUGGAAACCCUGACAAGAAACAACAGAAACCUCUGCUAUUGCAAAGACAUAUGACUUAUGUAGUAUUAUUGAAGCAUUUUAUUUUAUCAAGACUUCAUAUAUAAAUGUGUACAUUUUGGAAAAACAAUUGUUGUACUGUGUUUUAUUUACUGAGAUUAUUUUGGACCAAAUUAGGAAUUUCUUUUAUUGAUUUCAAAGACCGUUUUUUUUCUUUGAAAAAUGACAAUGUUUUUCAAGUAUAUUUAUAUUGGUCAAAGCAGGUUAAAGACUUACUUUUUCCCUUCAAUUUUAGGGAAAUGCAUCGCAAUUUAUCACCAAGCACAAUCAGUAUGUACGUUCUGCUUUAAUCAGUUUAAAUUUUAACCAUAAGUUUCUAAGAAACUGAUGUGAGAUGCACCAGGUAUUUAUAUGCUACAUGUAUUUUUUAACAUGAGUGAUAAAAAUAAUGGUGACAUGCUUGUUGGUAAAAUACAUGUACACAGUGAUCAAGCAUUCUUGUAUGUAACUGCAGAACACUGAUGCAUGUCAUGUAUUGAUGUGCCUAGAAUCAAGCGUUCUUGAAUCACAGGAGAUGCCGUAACUGCGGCGGCACUGCACUUACACUCGCAUUCUUAAGCUUGACAUGGACAUGUACAUGUAUUUGGCAGGUCGCUGCACCUGUUUGUCGCAGAGGCACAUUAGGAACAUGCACCACCUGUCUUCCAGCAUUGUGCCACCACGUUCUUGCCACCUCAGUAUAAAUGGCUUAUCAUUCUAGUUGCCUAAUGACACUAUAAAAACCUACUUGCAACCCUUGGUAUAGCAGAAAAUAACAUGCAAAAUAGCAUUGUUUUGAUGACAUCAGUAGCUGUUGACACAUUCACAGCCUCUUGAGUGGAGUCAUGAUAGUUAGUCUACCUUUAGGGCUACACGUUCAAAGUUAAGGUGUGUGUGAUGCACCCUUGUACAGAAUGUGCGAGGUCAUCUGAAACACAAGUAUGCCAAAGUUGGGCACUGUCAGUGCAGUUGCAUCACAAAGCACGGUGUAUCGGCUUCCAUUAGUUAACCUUCUUUGUGUCCAUCUGGUAGUGAACGUCUUAGCAUCACGGAUUUCAAAGGAGCAGCUGUAAAAGCUUCAUUCAGGAAGGUGGCUUGUUUCAUAUCUUAACUCUCAAACACAUUUUGUCAUAAGUGAUUCUAAAAAUACUAACAGCAUUCAAGUAGCCAAAUAAGUAACUUUAACAUAACGACUCACAGUUUUCGGAUUACCCUACCGGUACUUGAUAUGUCCAUGGUAGUCCCUUAGAACCAGAAUACCUGCAUCAUGGCCUCAAUAACAUGUGCAGUGUAAUCUGUGUAUAUGUAUCUCAUUAAUUUGCCUCAAUAAAGCAGUGAAACUGUAUGCA